GCAACGGUAUAGUAGUCACGGGAACAACCACAAGUCCACGGACGGAAAUGGCAGCCGGUGGCCGCUCUUCGGAUCUCCUGAACCAAGUUUUGAGACGACUUCAGUCUCGCCUGGAGCUUAUUCUGGAACGUAUUCCUUUGGAUUUGGACUUUUUGGAGUUCACUUGCACCCAGGAGUUUGUUUUCUUGCAUGCUCUGUCUAGUCAGGUACCCAUAUCUGCAGAAAUAUUAAAUGCAUUAAUGGAAUUGCACACUCUGGUGAAUCAUGAAAAGGAAAGAAACAGAGCACAUGCUCGAGUAGUACAGUUUGAACAAGGACCAGCUGGGCGACAGAGAAUGGUGGUGUCCUCAGACCACCUCCUACAUCUACUUGAACUGAACUUGUCUGUGCCAUCUAUAGCCAAACUCAUGGGAAUCUCCAGGAGCACACUAUACAGGCGUAUGGGCGACUUUGGUUUCUCAGUGAGAUCACAGUACUGCACCUUGACAGACGAAGAACUGGACCAAUGUGUGAGAGAGGUAAUAUCCAGGCAGCCUCAUUCUGGAUAUAGAAUGGUGAAGGCUCUUCUGCAAGCCAGAGGACUGAGGGUGCAGUACGAGCGUGUGAGAGCCUCCAUGCACCGUGUUGACACCAAUGGAGUCAUAUCUCGAACACUUAACCUGGGCUGCAUCAAUCGCCGUACCUACUCUGUUCCAGGACCCCACUUCCUGAUGCAUAUUGAUACGAACCAUAAGUUGAUCCGGUAUUCUUUUUACAUUACAACAUUAUUAGUAUACUGCUGCAUUUGUUUUUUAACAUUUUUUAUUUUAUAUUAUAGGUAUAAUAUUGUCAUAUUUGGAGGGAUUGAUGGGUUUUCCCGUAAGCAUAGAAAGGCUGUGGAGAGACCUAUGGGUGGCUGUAACAAGCAUCUAUUACGAUGUUCUCCACUACCUUGA